GGCUUUUUAUUGUCCCCUUCCUGCUUCCUGUUGUUUGUGUUUCGCGUUUGUUUUGCAGCUUUUUCAUGCUUGUUUGGAGUUCCGUGGUUCUGUUUGGUUAGUUUGGUGAGGCUGGUGAAACAUCGUGGUUUGGUUGGUGCUACGUUUGACGGCAGCCAGCGGUCAUCACCGCGCGAAUGAACUGUCGGCAGACACCUGCCUAAUUUGCACGGCAAAGAAGCUGCUGCCAGAAGCGCCCAAGCAUGUCUAAGCAACUGAGCUGGCAAUCCCAGCGUCAAUUGGCUUUCAUCUCGCUCGCCCUCGGUUUCCUGGUCAUCUGGACGGCCGUCCUGGCUGGGCUGCUCAUCUCAAAGACGCUCAAGGAGGAUGCUAUUUCCAAAGAAUCCCUGGCCAUUUUCAAGACUCACGAGGACAUUGCCAAGGUCACCUUUGCACUGGGGCAUGAGAUGGUGUCCACAGUGGACUGGCUGCUGUCGGACAGUUCUUCGGGAGAGGCCAGUGCAGAUGAACGUGCCCUCGCCCUCACCUGGCGCGUCACCGACGGCGUGCUCUCCCAGUCUCCGCCCGACUCCGGCACUGUCGCGCGGCUGACUGUCUUCCGCCAGACGGUGCGCCGGGAUGGCACUCCACCCCUCGAGGCGACCUCCUUCUACCUCGGACUGUGUGAAGCCCUUGUACGCCACUUUCUGCUGCCGGACUCGCCGGACCGUCCAUCCGCGAGUCUAGCCCACGCUCUUUUUGUGCGCGGGAUGGCCCUGCGUCUGGGCCAGCUCGCCCUCGGGACGGUCUAUGUCCGGUCAGAAGAGAGCGUCAACGCCACCGAGUAUGUCGGCCUCGGCGCCGUCAGCCGGGAGUUCCUCGAGACGGCCUUUCGGCUGAGCCCGCGAGCGCGGGCACGCUGGGCGCAGCUUCAGGAGCGACGGCCAAGCGAGGCCCUUCAAGACCUCGGGGAGGACAUGGUGUCGGGUGGGAAGCGGAAGCUUCAGCUGGCGCCGGUCUUUCUGGAGGAGGUCAAGCAGCAGCUGGCCUUGCUGCUCCUGGCGCGAGAGGCGCUGGGGAGUAGCUUGCACUCGUGGGUGGAACGGGGAGACCGCGGGGCACGGGCCGCCCUCGCAUUCCAUGGGUCGGUGGCCGGCGUGGCCCUGGCGGCGGUGCUGCUGUGCCUGCUCGUGGUGGGCUGUUCCCUGCGGGGGCUGGGCUCCCGAUCCUCGGGGCCCCCCGACCUUGCUCCGAUCCUGGUGCCGCCCGAGAAGUCUCACUGUUACAUGUAAUUGAUCGGCCGUGGAAAGUGGUGCUGAGUUACGAUGCUUGCAGCUGAGGUGGGAAAAAAUUGCUUUGAGAGCAGUGGUGGGUGGCCCUUCUCAUGAGCUUGUCUCUUCGUACAACGAUGCUAGUGUGGCCCAAGACUUCCAUUAUGGAACUGAGGGAAUGCUGAAGAUGGAGGCUGGCACACUUACAACACUGAGAACACCCAUGACUGGGAACACAUAAAAAAAAAGAGCAAUCUGAGCAAGUAGCAACAUCAGUAGGUACUGUUGGCUGUGCUCUGAUGGGCUACUCGUUUAACCA